AUGGAAAACGGCAGUAAAGUUGUAGACCAGAUAUGCGAGAUCAGUGAAGAUUCCAGAGCAGUUACGACGACCAAUAAAGAACUAUUGUCGUACACCAAUCACGCGGCUCGUAUCAGUCACACAUUCUCGCAUCUGUAUUUUUCUGUAUUGCGAUCGUCGCCCGAAUACGUCGACGAUUUUUACGACGUGGACGGCGAGUACCGGACGAUCUACGGGGACGGAUCGACCAUAGUCGCCAAGACGCGCAACCAAGUAAAAAGUGUUCUGAUGAGGCCAACGUCCGAGACCGAUUAUGUUAUAAAAUCGGUAGUUUCGAUGCCCUGCAGUGGACCGUCCGACGGCCUGUUGGUCAACGUAACCGGUGACCAGUUCACUCAAACAUUUGUAGUGGAACAUCGUCCGGAAAGAAUUUUGGGUUACGCUAUUGUGGUGUCCUUGAUUCGUUACGUUUCUGCGGUACCACUUGCCGACCUUCAAACACCGGUAACAAUAUUCGAUGCCGGUGACUGCCCGGCUAUUAUGGGCAGUACAUCGUCUGUAGGUUUAGAAACACUCGAUGACUGUUCGCCAAACACAGCCGCCUGUGACGAAUUCCUUCCCGAAAAUGUUUCCAAUGAUAUCACGAUAAAUGAUACAGUCUCCGAAAAAUCUGCCGACAUAAAAUCCGUCCAAGAACCCGUGAUUUCGUUAACCCAUAACACCGAUAUAGAACCCGACACCGCCGCAGAAAUAGGUGGAACACCAGAUAUAUCUUCUGAAAUCACUUCCGUCCGGGAACUCGACUUAUCAAUAACCAAAGAUUUAGAAAUCGAUUCUACCGCAAAAAUACUCUUCGUCCAAGAACCCGCCUUUUCAGAAACUGAAUCUGUUAAUAUUGUGGAACAUAAUAUUGACGAANCCACAGAAGUAAGUGGAACACUAGAUAUAUCUUCUGAAAUCACAUCCGUCCGGGAACUCGACUUUUCAAUUACCAAAGAUUUAGAAAUCGAUUCUACCGCAAAAAUACUCUCCGUCCAAGAAUCCGCCUUUUCAGAAACUGAAUCUGUUAAUAUUAUGGGACAUGGUAUUGACGAAGAAAACAAUCAAAAACCAGAUAUAUCUUCUGAAAUCAAGUUUGUCCAGGAACUCGUCUUAUCAAUCAUCAAUGAUUUAGAACUCGAUUCCGCGGCAAAAAUAUUCAAGAUAAAUAAUACCACCUCCGAAAAAUCUGCCGACAUUGCAUCCUUUCAAGAACCCGUGAUUUCGUUAACCUAUAAAAACGAUAUAGAACCCGAAACUACCACAGGAAUANUAAUAUUGUGGAACAUAAUAUUGACGAAGAAAACAAUCAAAAACCAGAUAUAUCUUCUGUAAUCACGUUUGUCCAGGAACUCGUCUUAUCAAUCAUCAAUGAUUUAGAACUCGAUUCCGCCGCAAAAAUAAUCAAGAUAAAUAAUACCACCUCCGAAAAAUCUGCCGACAUUACAUCCAUCCAAGAACCCGUGACUUCGUUAACCUAUAAAAACGAUAUAGAACGCGACACCGCCGCAGGAAUAGGUAGAACACCAGAUAUAUCCUCUGAAUUCACGUGCGUCCUGGAACCCAACUUUUCAAUAAUUGAAACUUUAGAAAUCAUAAAACAUGAUUAUGACGAAGAAAACAAUCAAAACCAAGAUAUAUCUUCGGAAAUCACGUCCGUCCAGGAACUCGACUUAUCAAUUACCAAAGAUUUAGAACUCGAUUCCGCCGCAAUAAAAUUCUCCUUCCAAAAACCCGCCAUUUCAAUAUUUGAAACUAUUGAUAUCAAGGAAAAUGAUAUUAACGAAGAGAACAAUCAAAACCCAGAUAUAUCUUCCGAAAUCACGUCCGACCAGGAACUGGGCUUAUCAAUCACUAACGAUUUAGAACUCGAUUCCGCCGCAAAAAAAAACACGAUAAUAAAUACCACAUCCGAAAAAUCUGCCGACAUUACAUCCGUCCAUGAACCUGUGAUUUCGUUUACCUAUAAGAACGAUAUAGAACCCGACACUACCACAGAAAUAGUUCGAACACCAGAUAUAUCUUCUGAAAUCACAUGCGUCCGGGAACCCGACUUAACAAAUAGCGAUUAUUUAGAACCCGAUACCGAAGGCAAAAGCAUAUUCAUCCAAGAACCCGUCUUUUCAAUAAUUGAAACUGUUGAUAUCAUAGAACAUGAUAUUGGCGAAGAAACCGAUCAAAAACCAGUUAUAUCUUCGGAAAACACCGUCGCAGAACCCGCCUCCACAAAUACCGCUAACGAGAAUAAAGAACACAAACCUUUCACUGAUAAAGAAAAUAUCAAAAAACAUUUAUGCAAUUUAGUUCUGUUUUCUGCUGCCUGUUGGGUUGUGUAUCGAUAUAUCUUAUAA